ACGGGGGGUGGUGGCUGGAGCACGAGGAGAGAAGUCGUCCAAUCCGCGCGCAGCCGGGACUCUCCACUCCACCUGGCGCCAGGCGCGCGAGUCUGAGCAAGACAGAGAGAGAGGGAGAGAGAGAGAGGGGCGCGUGAUGAUCGGGAGCAGCGUGGCUCCUCGAGACCUCCUCACAUCAGCACCGCGAGCGUCAGCAAGUAAGAAAACACCUGGACGUGUCGGUGCAUUAACUUGAGGACCUUCACUGCGUAAUUUACAUUUUGCAUCUUUUUUUUCAUUAUUAUUGUAAAGUUUUCUUUUCUUCUUAUGCCGUGAUGCAAACGUGACCACAGCGCUAUCAUCGACUUCUUCUUCUGGAUCCUGGCUCUAACUGGUCCCCGUGCAAAUGUAGAUUCUCUCCGAAGCUUUCAGCGUCCUCACAAUGAACCUGUGAUUACAGGUCGCUUCUGGAACGUGUUCACCCAACAGCUCAUUUGUUAAUACAUUACAUAAAACUCUUUCACAUCAGUUUUAAAGGAUUAUCUCGAUACGGGCCCACAUGUUCCUGGGAAUAUGCUGAUAAUUUUGGCAUUUUGAAAGAUGAUAAAGCAGCGAUUGACAUCAUUUCCUGCAAAGAAACAGGUGGAAGUAUGAUCACUUUUGCCUGACAGGACGUGAAUAUGCAGGACGUAGCGGGGCCUGAUAGGCCCAGGACAUCCCGGAUGUUCGGUGGCUUUGCCCUUCUAUGGGGCUUGCUCUUUGGAAUAUCCCUCGCAGCUGUGCCAGUGGUGGCUUGUCCCACGAACUGCCACUGCAUGGAUAGGAAUAGUUUAACAGUGGUUCAAUGCAUGUCCCGCAACUUGGAGAAAAUCCCGUCAGACCUCCCAAGAGAUACCGUCACCCUCCUCUUAGCUUCUAACCACAUCACCCACAUUCCCAACCACGCCUUCAAAGAGCUGCACUACCUUCAGGAGCUGGACCUGUCCAACAAUGACAUCGAGACUGUGGACGUUGGAGCAUUUCAAGGUGUUGCCGACAGCCUCCUCGUCCUGGAUUUGGCAAACAAUCGCAUCCAAAGUGUCCCCAAGGAGGCGUUUGCUCAUCUGCACGCAAAGAUCAGCCUCUCAAACAACCCGUGGCACUGUGAGUGCACGCUGCAGGAGGUCCUGAGGGAGCUGCGCCUGGACCCGGAGACGGUGAACGAGGUCAUGUGCCACACGGCCGUGCAGGACGAGUACGCAGGCAAGCCCGUCAUCCAGGUGCUGGACUCAGGGAUCAACUUCUGCAACUUUCACCACAAGACCACGGACGUAGCCAUGUUCGUCACUAUGUUCGGGUGGUUCAUGAUGGUGAUAGCUUACGUCAUCUACUACGUCAGGCACAAUCAGGAGGACGCCAGGAGGCACCUGGAGUACCUCAAGUCACUGCCCAGCAGCUCUCAGAUCAGCAAGGACUUCGACACCAUAAGCACAAUUCUUUAGUGUGAAUGUGCGACUCAGGAGGUGCAUCUGUAGAAUUAAUGUACAAAAUGACUUCAAACUGUUGAAACACCGUCACUUAAGUUUUCCUUAUUUGUGGCCGUUUAGUGAAUUGAAUUAAUAUUUUCUUUUUUUAUUCCCAUAAAUUAAAUAUUUUUUUUUAUUCCAAGACAUUUAUUUUAGUUUUAUUUUAUCAGCAACAGACAGAAAAGACAGUGACGGCACAAAAUAAAAUUCACAUCCCCUAAAGAAAUGACAGACCCACAUAAAGACGGCAGAGAUAAAUGUUUCCACUCUGUCGUCUGAACGUGGACAGAGAUGAAUGAGGAGGAUGAGGGUGACGUUGCUUUAACUGAGUACGUUAUGUCACACUGUCAGAGUGAGGCAAGUUUACAAGACCUCUGCUAAUCGAUACAAUAGAUCAGAAUGUUAAAAUUCAAUGUGCAUAAUGCAGAACAGUGCUGGCAUUAAUAAAUAAUAAAAACAUCAAACUGUCCAGGAGGUAAUAUUACACUGUGCAGCUAUUGUGGACUGAAAGGAAAAAUAUGUAAAAUCCUUGAUGGACAUGUUGAAAUGUUUUUCACAAUGGUUGACAAGCUGUGGUCUGACUUACUUUAUGUGUGAUAUACUAUUUAUUUAUUUCCACUGCCACUUGUCUAAAUAUACCUAGCACUUGCACACCAAGACCAUGCUGUCAGAAAUUGCUAAUGCGGUAAAAGCUUCCUCACGCUGUGUCCAUCAUGACCACGGAAAUUAUUGGUCUUCUUUUCUAAAUUUGUAGUUGCAUUGUUGCUUGUAGCUCAUCAAACUGGGCCACUGAUGUCCCAAAAUGUCCUGGAAAUAAUCAGGGUAAAACAUUCUGCAGCUCCUUUAUCAGCAGAUAAAACUCUCUUUGCUCUUGACAGCUUCUCAGGAAACAAACGAACAGACCACAAAAUCAGCCUCUCUGCUUGAUGCCUUACAUUGGGAAACUGCAGAAAGAGUAGAAUAGUAAACCAUGUUCAGGGUUUCUUUGCAGAAUGGUUGUGGAUUAUUAUACGGACUUGGUGUGCAAACGGCUUUUAAUUUGGAUUUUUGAACUUAACAAUGAACCUAUUAGCGAAUAACUGCCUUUCCACCACAGAAAACAUGUAGCAAAGUGAUCCUCUUUCUGGACAACGAUGGCUCAAGUGUUAGUUUCCUCUGACCCCCCUCGCACAGAAUACAUCUUGUUUCAUGCUCUACUUUCCUCAUUCGUUCUGGUUUGUCUUGUUUCAGGUGCUCGUUCUUGCUGAGAAACAGAUUAAUGAAAUGACGACAGUGAGACUGGUCCCUGGAAUUUUAAUUUUCAGCAAAUGUAGAUAAAUGUAAAAGUCUCCCAGAUCUCACCAUGUGUCACACGUCUCUAUGUCAAGCAAGUUAAUCCAACCAGUGGUUUGAAAUGGAAUAUCAUUACCUUCGUGGCCGUUGGCCGUCAUGCAGCUGUGGUUCCAGCUUCCGUGUGCGGGUUGUAACCCCGUCUGCAUUACGCAGCCUUCACAGUUAGACCAUUAUGUGAUAACCUGCCACAGUGGUGCUACCUGGGUAGAAGACCAGAAUCCACAACUACAUGCUGCUGUUGUGAAUCAUCUCACGGUGGCUGGAAAAACACAUUUAACAAAAGUAUUGUUAGAAAAAGGAUUUUUUUCUGAAUUUCCACAAAAUUUUCACCAAUUCUAGUCUAGUGUCAAAAUAUUGUACGACAUCCACUAGUUGAAGUGAUAGUGUAGAACAUCCACGUCCCAAAGGUCAAACACAUCCAUCAACGGUGAUAAUUCCCAUUGGUGCUAUGUAAAUCUCUCUGUAUUUUGGUUUAUGGUCAGGUUUUAAACGUGGAAACAUUCCCACCCUGGGAACCAAGAAAAACCAGGGAAUUCUCUGAGAAAAGUUUUUUUUGCUGCAGUACAGUAUCCCCUUUAUAUCCACACACUUUUAUGUUGACUAUAACUUUUGGGUGAUGCAGUGGCAGCCUGAAACCAUGACACAACCUCUUAUUGUUACCUGUACCACACUAAGGCUACUGAAGUCAGAAAUCAGCUAAAUGUUAUGGACAUUUGUCUGAGCUCCUUACAUGGUUUUUAUUGUUGGAUGCACCACGGUUCCCUCCAAAAGGUGGUUCCAAAGAAUUAAUCCAAUAUUGAUGAUGUAUAUUGAUGAUCCAAUAUUUAGGUUGAGUAAAUGUAAAAAAAACAAAACAAAACAAAAAGCUAGCCCAUAGAGCACCGAUACCAACCGGACCCCCCACAGCUCGUAUGGGGUUACCUCAAGUCUUUUCCCAUGGACUGAGCUAUGGACAUUAUGAGGACACCAGAAAUACAUGAUACAUGAUAUAGGAACAAUGUAAACCCAAGCUGAAACUUUUCAAACUGAAUUAGUGUGUAAAUGAUGUGCAAGUUAGUCAGUGCUGAAUACCAGCACUACCAGUGUGAAGCAGAUGAGUGGCCUGAGGGGCUCUUGGGGUCUCUCUUCUUGGCCGACCAUAGUGCUCAUAUAGUGUGCAGCAGAAAUGCCUGGCCCUUAUAUCUUAUGGAUUACUUACAGCACAAGUCAAAGAAAAAGCCAUAACCAAGGACCUCAGAACGAGUAACUACAGCUUCAGAUACUGAAAACUAUCGGGGGUCUAAUUAUGAGCUAUGUGUCAUUGUAUUUAUGUUGAAUGUUGUCAUUUAAAAAACACCAAAUGAUUUCUGUUCUUUUUUUAACUACGGCCUCCAACAAAAUAGUUCAGCUUUCCACGCACAUUAUGCAGAUGCAGCUCGGCGGCGUUAGGACGCGUUACUUAGGCGCUUGUUGGUUGGAGUUGAUUGGGUCCAAGUGCCUACUCUCUGGGAUUUCUACACCGUAGCACUGUGCAGUGUGUGGGAGAGUCGAGUCCUCUCCCUGUCCUCCCUUAAGUGAAGCGUGAAAAAAAAAAUUUUUUUUUUGAAGUUUAAUGUUCUUCUGUGAUUCACUUCUUACUGUACCCAUCAUCAUGUGGUGAUUCGCACUCAUCUAGUAGUUCAAGCAGGUCAAGAGAAGCAUCUGUUCUUGGUAGAGACUGGUUUAAAUUGAGAAAUAAAUGUUGUAUUUAAGUAAAACUUUCUUUUUUUGUUCUAAGAGUCUGUCUGUACGUGCAGUUUUAACUGUCUGUUGACGAUGUUUGUGCUCUCCAUGUGUAUCCAACCUUUACUGUUUUCUGAAGCGUUGCACGCGGCGUCUGUCUCGUUAUUUCCUAAAACACAGUGUGUGUUUGACUAAACCCUGUCAAAGUGGUUUUGUUUAGGAACUUGUAGCUCAUCACUUUUCUUCUGUUGGUUCUGGUUUCUGGUUUUCAGUGGACACCUUACCAGCAUUUCAAAAUAAAGUAUAU